AUGUCCUCCUCUUCCACAUCCCAUCUUCCGUCGCCAGACUCGUCGUCAGUAGACUCGUUCUUCCAAACCCUUAACAACUCAGAUGACUCGUCACUGGCUUCCUCAACAGCAUCAUUGGGUAAGCUAGACAAACAACCAUCAAAUCAACACCAGCAGCUGCUCUUGCUACCCCCUAAUCAACAACAACCCUUCUCGAUGCAGCCGCCCGGUCAUCUGCAAUCAUCUAUCACAAAACACAAUCGAAAAAGAUCAAACUCGAAAUCUCGACGCCAACUAAACACAUUGCCCCCAUCGUCUCCCUCUUCAUUUCAGAAUAAUACUACCGCCACUACUGCGAAAUCUGCAAAAAUCGAUCGCUCACAGCUACAAUACACUGUUGUACUAACAUCACUCAAUGGAACGUUUGAAAAAAAAUCCUUGGUCAUUCCAUACCACCCAGAUGUCCUCAAACUCGGUAGGCCGGCUGGUACCAAAAUCCAGCCAACAUCAACUAAUGGUUAUUUUGAUUCAAGAGUGUUAUCGCGAAAUCAUGCCCAGUUAUUUGCUGAUAUAAAUACCGGAAAAAUAUACCUUAAAGAUUUGGGCUCUUCUAAUGGUACCUUUGUCAAUGACGAAAAAAUCGCCUCUGAUAAGGAUGCUCAACCAACAGAAAUUAAGAAAGGAGAUGUGAUAGAUUUGGGGUUUGAUAUUGAAAGUCAUCAAAAUCACCGGAAAAUAAGUGCCAAAGUAGAAAACAUUCUCAUUCGUGCCCUUACCAGUAGUUCGAUGGUAGCGAACAUCGUGAAUAAUGAUGAUAAUUCUAAUGACGCUAGCAGUAUUCAUUUAUUUGAAAUCGAAGAUGAUGUCAAAAAUUCAAUAUUAAGUAACUCUUUUGAUUGCGCGUUAUUUGGUGACAUUUUGCCGGGUUUUGAGGAUAAUUUGCUCAACAUCAAAAACGAUUCGAUGACUGGGUUGUCAAUUAAUUCAAAUCUAACAACAUCUUCCAAUUUGGACUUCCAAAUCAAAACAUUGAUCAACGAAAUUUAUUUGAUGAAAAAUUCGAUCCUCAAGUCUAAAACAAUUGAGGUAUUCCUUAAAAAAUACAUCAAAAAUUUGAAAAAAAUCGAGAUUGAGAAAAAUGAAGCGAAUAGGAACAAAGUGAAGGAUUACGAACAACAAUUGGUGAAAACUUAUGAGAAGGAUUUCACUGAGAAAAAAAUGGAAUUUGAUAAGAAGUUUUUUAAAUUAAGUGAAAUCAAUAAAUCGAUCAAAUCUGAAAACGAAAAACUUGUUCUGGUGAUCACCGAGCUUAAUGAAAAGGCCUCCAAUUUUGAAAAAUUUUUGAAGGAAGAAAAGGCUAAGGUUGUUGAAAUAACCGCGGAAAAUGAUAGUUUCAAAAAUCAAAUUGAAACACAGUCUCAUGAGCUCAAUGAUUAUAAAAUAAGAAUUACUGAUCUUGAAGCAAAAUUACAAGAACAUAACAAGAAAUCAUAUAGAGAAAAGAGCAUUCGAACAGACCCAAUAAAGAGAUACCCUAAACAUAGUAACACAGGAAGUUUGAAUGAUAAUGACAGUGACUCCUCUACGCUUAAUGAUGAUGAUAUCAAUUUGCAGAGAUUGUCAAAAGUGCUUAACGCUCGCAAUGGGGCUGAUAAUUACCCAUCCAACCUCAAAAAUACAAUUGCCACUGGGGAGGGAUCUGAUAAAGAGGUAGAUGGUGAUGCUAAAGAAACAUUACAGAUUGAGGAAACCAAGACAAACAUUCCUUCUAGUAGCAGUGAUGAGGAUUUAAACGAGAAUAUGAGAGAUGAUAGAAGCAACAUUAUUACGGAUGAUUCGAUUUCUGAAACAAGUGAACCUGAGGAACUUCAACAUUAUGACGAAAACGAUGAAAGCCCUUUCCCAUCGCCCAGGGCGGCAACUAAUGAUUAUGUGUCAAUUGGCGAUCGAUUAAUGGGGAGUGGCAACGCAGUUGAACCCCAUGAAAUUGACGGUCGCACUGCUGAUGAUAAGGGCGUUGUAUCACAAAUAGAUACCAAUAACAAUAUUACAAAGUAUGAUGAUCAUGAACAAAAUCGCCUUGCUGAGAACUUUGAGAAAUUGAGAUCUGAAAACGAUGAAAUUAAAGGCUUGCUUCAAUCCAAGGACGAAAAGAUCCAAUUCCUUAAAGCUCAGCUCGCGGAAAUGACAAUGAAUGAAUCAUCUAAGCUCCAAAGAAAACAGCUACAAUCACGUCAAGAGCACCCCGUAUCUCUGUGGGUCCUCGACCGUCGUGAUGAACCUUUAAUGCUUUCACGGUCCGCAUCAAAUAUUUCUAUCAAUUCGGCAUGCUCCUCAUCGGCUACAGGGGUGAGCCUUGCCCCAUCACAAUCACCAUUGUUUGGAAUAUUUGGGCCCCUGUUCCCACUCCGAUCACGUAAUGGGUUGGCACUGGGUAGUGCGGGAUCUGCUAUUGAUCUUGAAGAUUCUUUGAUGGACAUUGAUGUAGAAGAUGAUCAGCAUCUUCGUCAGUCGAUGAACCACUCUCCUAGCGUGAGUAGUUUGAGCACAGGGAGUGCCAAAUUGCUUAAGACUGAGACUGCCAAGCAAAGUAUUGUCACGGCAGUGGGGAUUGUAUUUAUAGGAUUGAUGGUAUCGAGGUUUUCCAGCGGAGCUGUUUAA